AUGCUCGGCGCCGGUCUACCCCAAGCCGAGAGUGAAGAAACCUUGCAGUUCCUCAAGAGCAACAUUGAAGUUUUCGCUUGGACGCCGUAUGACAUGCCAGGCAUUGACCCAAAGCUCAUCCAGCACUUCCUCAAAGUUUCAAAAUCAGCAAAGCUUGUGAUUCAGAAGCCUCGGCGGUCGGCCACUAUUCAUGCCGAUGCAGUAAAUGAAGAAGUGGACAAACUCCUCGAAGCUGGCGCCAUCAAAGAAAUUGAUCAAUUGGUAGACGCAACAGCGGGUCAUGCUCGGCUGAGUUUCUUGGAUGGUUAUCGAGGUUACCAUCAGAUAGCCAUGGAUCCCGACGAUAUGGAAAAGACGGCAUUCAUCACACCCAGAGGCCCCUUCUGCUACCUGGUUAUGCCGUUCGGCCUUAAGAAUAUGGGGGCUACAUUUCAAAGAAUGGUAUUCCUGUUGUUCGGAAUUCUCAUCGGAGAAAUCAUGGAGGCUUAUAUUGACGAUAUGGUCGUCAAAAGUCUCAAGGCCGAGAACCACCUCUCUCAUCUUGCCGAGGUCUUUGCAAUAUUGAAGAAGCACAAGCUACGGCUUAACGCCGACAAAUGCGCCUUCGGAGUUAGCUCCGGGAAGUUCCUCGGCUAUUUGGUUACUAGGCGUGGUAUUGAAGCAGAUCCGAACCAGAUCUCAGCUAUUCAGCAAUUGAAACCACCAUCCACCCCUCGGGAAAUUCAGAAGCUAACCGGGAUGGCAGCGGCUCUCAACAGAUUUAUUAGCCGCUCGUCAGAUAAAUGCCAUGUCUUCUUCCAAACUCUUAAGAAGCAAAGCCGACGAAGUUUCAAAUGGACGGAAGAUUGUGAUGCAGCCCUCACCGAGCUGAAAUCCUAUCUUUGUUCGGCCCCUCUUCUUGCCAAACCAGUAGCUUUUGAAACUCUCCAUCUCUAUUUAGCUGUCUCUCCACAUGCCGUAAGCUCGGCACUUGUCCGACGGGAAGGCCUUGAGGACCAACCAAUCUACUUUUCUCGCCGAACCUUACUCCCAGCACAGACUAGAUAUCUGCCACUGGAGAAGCUUCUUCUAGCAUUGGUUACAGCAGCUCGAAAAUUGCUCCCUUACUUUCAAGAGCACCCCAUCAUAGUUCUCACGCAGUUUCCACUUAAAAAUCUCUUGAGGAAGGCUGACCUAUCAAGCAGAGUAUCUCAAUGGGCGAUCGAAUUAGCAAAUUUUGAUAUCCACUUUGAGCCUCGAACUGCAAUCAAGGCCCAAGUAUUGGCAGGCUUCAUUGCUGAAUUCACCCCUGGAAGCCCGGACGAAGAAACAUUGGUGAAGCCAAAUUAUGGAAUGCUAGAACAACAAGAGGCUCGAAAAACUUGGAACUUAUUCAGCGGAGACGUUUGGAAGUUACACGUUGAUGGGGCAUCAAACAGCAACGGCGCGGGUGCAGGGGUUGUCCUUCUGAUCGUCAAUCAAGUAACAGGUGAUUAUGAAGCUCGGGACCCAAGAAUGAUUAAGUAUCAAGCUACGGCUCUAGAGUUAAUCCGAGGGUUCAAGGGAUUCCAAAUCGAACAGAUCAACAGAGAGAACAACGCUCACGCCGACGCUCUAGCAAGUUUGGCCUCGGCAAGCAAAGCAUCUGAAUACCGACACAUCAGCCUCGGCGAGAUCCACCAGCCAAGCUUCGACGUCUCGAAAGAAGUAUUCAACAUUUCCCUCAGCCCAAGUUGGAUGGAUGAAAUCGUCUCGUUCCUCAAAGACGAUAUGCUACCCUCGGACAAAAAGGAGGCCCACCGUGUACGCAGUAAAGCAGCCUACUAUUGGAUCUCUAAGCACAGCCAACUCUAUAGAAAAAGCUUCACAGGGCCAUAUCUAAGAGUGGUUCAUCCAACCGAGGGCAACGGCCAGGCCGAAGCCACUAACAAGACUGUCUGCAUUGUCAUCAAACGUCGGCUAGACUCUAAACGAGGAAAAUGGGCCGAGGAACUGCCUCGGGUCCUUUGGGCCUACCGCUCCACUCCCAGACGUUCCACUGGCCAAACUCCCUUUGCAAUGGCCUUCGGCAUGGAGGCUGUCAUCCCACUCGAAUCAAGGUUCCCAACCCUGCGUACUGAAACUUUUAAUCCCCAAACCAACAAUGAUGCAGUGGCAACCGAGCUUAUUUUAGCCGAAGAAAAGCGAGACGAUGCCCAGCUCAAGUUAGCCAACUAUCAGCAGGAAGUCGCUCGGGGCUACAAUCGAAGCGUAAGGCUUAAGAAGUUCAGAACUGACAACUGGGUCUGGCGGAAGCUACGUUCGGAUUUCUUUACUACAAACACGUUAUGGCUCGGACAAUUUGAUUUCCAGCCACGACUCGAUCAAUCAUAUUGGUUCGGCUACGUUCAUAAUUUGACUUGA